GUAAAAUGAAUAGAUUUGGUUUUGGUUUUCCUUUUACUGGCCUUAGAAGAUGAUCCAAUGCCAUCGUCUAGAGUAGACUGUAUCAUUGGUUUUUUUUAUUUUAAGGCUUGCCCGGUUCUGCAGGUGGAUUGUUUGCGUAGAGUAGUAGCUUGGAUUGGUGGAGGAGUGAUUUCAACAUCACUAUCAUCUUCAUCAUCAGCAACCUCAGUAAGCCUUCUUUUUCUUCUGUGUUUCUUUUUUCUUCCAUCAGUGACACCCGUUCUUCUCCUUGUGUUUGUUGUUCAUAAAGAUAUGAAGGUCGCUGUUGAAUUAGGAGAUGAGAUUGACGCUAAGAAAGCUUGUGAAAGACAGCUUAGACAAAAGUACAAGUCCCUUGGUGCACUGAAGAUUGUCACUGACCGAGGACUACAGGUGGGGAAUCUUGCGGUCAUUGAUAUAUCUGCUACAACUAUAAUCCCACCAACUUUGAUCAAUCUCAUAACCCUCUCAUGGAUGUUUGUGAUACUGCAUCUUUUCUUCUUCUUAUUAUGCUAUAUAUAUAUAUAUAGGGAUGGUGCAGAAGCAGAACCUAUGCGUCAGGUUGUGGUUACUAUUAUAUUAUUCUUAUCAGCCAAACUUUAAAUUUUAUUCAUUUAACGUUUUAUUUUAAUUUUGGUACUCAGGAUACAACUUGGGGUAAGAAAAGACACGCAGCCAAGUCAAGCUCUAGGCCAUGGAAGAGGGUAAGUAAGCUAAAUCUUUACAUUUGUUUGUUGUUUUAAGUUAAUUCUCAGACGAGAGUUAUUGUAAGGAAAUGAAACAGAGAAUAUGAGAUAAGCACCUUAUUCUGUUUGUUUUCUCUGUUUUUGACUUAAUUCUUCACAGGAGAGGCAAGCUCAUGAUCUGGAGGAACAUAAACAGAAGAAGAGGAGGGUGGAAAAUUUGAGAAUUGAUCCCAAUGUUCAAUCCGGCGAAGGAGGGAGUCAAACGGAACAGAGAUUGGAGGUAAAGAAACAAGAUCAUGUUCUUAUUUUGGUUUACUGAUCCUGAGUCCUUGAAUAAGUUGGUUUCUUUUCCUUC